GUAGUGUCAAGUUUGAAGACAACUGGAAUGUGUUUAUACUGACGGUGGUCAGGACUACAACAGAUUGACGACAAUGACGACGAUGCUGUAGACGAGUAAACAACGAUGACAGUCUGGAACUUCGUCCGGAUUUUAGUGUCACUCUCAGCAUUAUACCCCACCUGGGGCGGGGACUCAACAGCAAGUACCAAAGCCAAGACAGCCUUCAUCUCCCCGCCCUCCCCCAUUGAGGGGGACAUGUUCCUCGUCACCUGUGACUCGACGAUAGUCGCCCUUGACCCUAAGGUCAAGAACGUCACCAAACUGGAGAUCUCAAGGUCAAACAACGUCACAGAUUACAUAGCUGUUUACUACCCAGGCAAGAAGUUAACAGUGCCCCCGUUCCUCAUCAGAGACUGGGUGGUGUACGAGAGCACCAGCACAGCUCUGGACCCGGAGCUCGAGAUGCCGUCCUUGACCGCCAUUAAGGUCACGACCCGGAAGAAUGACUCCGGAGUCUAUGCUUGCUCCGUGCAGUAUAAGCUUGGAUUGACUUACUUCUACAAAACUUUCAAAAGUAUUGUAAUGGUCCAAGAAGCCACAGAGACGAAUAGAAUAGUCGAGAAAAACGUCCUGUGGGGCCAGUGGUUCACCAUGCAGUGUGACUCCACCCACGGGCGGCUGAUGACGUCGGUACCUGCUAUGCUGACGCUGCAGCUUCUGUUUAGCCCGGACUGCGCGCAGUACCGCAUCAUUGGGCAGAUCAUCAGUAGCGGGAAACCCAAGCCGGCCAGGGCAUGGAUGAAAGGUUACCUGACCCGUAAGAACUGGCGUAUUGACAUGAGUGAAGACCGCCGCCCCUCCCACAAGAACGUAAACGCCACCAUGAAACUGACCGCCUACAACGUAAGCGAGGGGGACGGAGGGUGCUUUCAGUGUCUGGCACGCUACACAUUCCCCAAGAGGAUCAGCAGUUCAACGGCCAAGUCGAAGCAGAUCUUGCACUUACUGGUGAAAAGAGAUUCGGAAAACGACGUCCUCAACAGCGGCCCGAACGGCAGCUACAACUACUACCCCUACGACUACUCCUACGAGAGCGAGUUCGAUGAGAACGACGUAUACCUGGACAUUACUACCAUCGACGCCGUAGCCGCCCCCGCCUCACCCUGCGCCUCGUGUCUCACCCUUGUGCAGACGCUGCUCAUCUACGUCAUACACGUGCUUGCUUGUCAGGGGGACUGAUGGGUGGGGUUUUACUUUGGGAUGGACGGCCGUUUUGUGAUGGAUGGUUGUUUUGUGAUGGACGGCAGUUUUGUGAUGGACGGCUGUUUUGUGAUGGACGGCCGUUUUGUGAUGGACGGCUGUUUUGGUGAUGGACGGCUGUUUUGUGAUGGACGGCCGUUUUGUGAUGGACGGCCGUUUUGUGAUGGACGGCUGUUUUGUGAUUGACGGCUGUUUUGUG